AUGAAUGUUUCAUCUUCACCACAGAAAAGACAAUCUACACGACGUACAGUAAAAAUUUCUCAUCAUCUUAAUUAUCCAUUAAAUCAUAUAGAAAAUGUGCUUUUACCAUUAUUUGAAAAAGAUUAUCCAGAUGAUAGUUUACGUGUAACUAUUGAUAGUGCAAAUCAUAUUUGGUGUGCAUAUGAAAAUGGUAAAUGUAUUGGUUGUGCAUUAAUUACUGAUAUUGGUUCUUAUGGUGGAUUGUAUGUUAUUUUAUUUGGUAUUAGUAAACCAGCACAAGGACGUGGAAUUGGUACACGUUUAUUAAAAAAAGUUAUUAAAUGGUCUCGUAAACAUAGUUAUACAUUUAUAUAUCUUCUUACAGAGUAUGAUAAUGAAAAAGCGAUUAGAUUAUAUGAAAAAGCUGGUUUUGAAAAAGAUUUUCGUAAAUCAUUUCUUGAUGAAGAAUUACCAGGAUAUGGAGAUGGUGCUGUUCCAUUAAUAUUAUUUGUGUGA